AUGGCAGGAAACGUGAAAGACAAGGAAGCUUAUCAAAGACUGAACUUUCUGUAUCAGGUACGUUUUCUUGAUUUCUAGUAAUCUAGCUAUACCGUUGGCUAGCUAACUGAUUUGCUCAGAUAGUGCAUUAAUAUGAUAUUGAUUUCUUGCAGGCUGCACACUGUGUUUUGUCUCAAACCCCUGAGAAUGUGGAAUUAGCUCGUUUUUACUUCUUCACUCAGAAGACCAUCGCAAAACGUUUGGUAUUAAGACAGUGAGUACACUAUAACAAUAUCAUAUAAACUCUUGUCAGAAGUCAGAAAAACAUAUGCUGUUACAUUUGCGUCAAUAAAGGUUGCAACUUUCAUGUUAAGAAUAUAUGACAGAAAUGAUAAGUUUGAAAUAUGUCUGCUAAAAUAGUGAAAACUAGGGCAUGACUAGAAUGUUAUUGACAUCUUCAUAGAGACCCCUCAGUGAAAAGAACAUUAUGUAAGAAGUGCUGCUCUUUGCUGGUCCCAGGAGUAACUGCCACAGCCAGACAGAGAAGUAAGUGUAUUCACGCAAGACUGUAAGUCGCUUUGGAUAAAAGUGUCUGCUACAUGGAAUAUAUAUUAUUAUAUUAUAAGUAUCUAGCUAAAUAGAUGGCCCAUCAGCCAUCUAAACAAAGCCAACACAUUGUUGCAGGCUAUUUAAUUGUCAUUCUAGUCCUUUUCAAUACAAACACAGAUGAAAACAGAGUUGUGGUUGUAUCUAGCAGUUGGGGACAUAUGUAUCAUCCUCCUCAUGAGAUUUUGAAAGUACUGAGUGGAAGUCCAAUGUCUUUGCAUUAGUGACAUACUGUAUUUUGGAGUUGCAUAUGUUGUGGAGUAACCCAAGCUUUUUUCUCUCAAGGGACUAAGCACAGAAACCGCAUGACUGUGCUGCGAUGUCUUAGCUGUGGGCAGAGCAAGAGGUUCCUAAACAAUCCAGCGCAUCGCCUGUGGGUGGACCAGCCUGAGGCCCAGCUGGAGAACCAAUCACAGCCAGGUGAGGUUACCCUGGAACAACUCCACUACAUUGCAGUUAUGGAUCAUAUUGGGUGGCCAACUAAGUACCAUCAUGUACACUCUCCUACAUAUUUAUUUGGACAGUGAAGCUAAAACUUUUAAUUUGGCACUAAACUCUAGCAUUGUUUUAUGAGGCGACAGUACAGAAUGUCACCUUUUAUUUGAGGGUAUUUUCAUACAUAUCUGUUUUACCGUUUAGAAAGGAAAGCAUAUCUAGUCCCCCUAUUUGAAAGUGUCGUAAGUAUUUUAUUUUAUUUUUUUAUUUGGACAAAUUCACUUAUAGUCUAUUAAAUGUAGUCCCAAAUUUGGUAUUUGGUCCUAUUUUCCUAACAUGCAAUGACUACAUCAAGCUUGUGACUCUACAAACGUGUUGGAUGCAUUUGCAGUUUGUUUUGGUUGUUUCGGAUCAUGUUGUGCCCAAUAGAAAUGUAUGAUAAAUAAUGUAUUGUAAUUUUGGCGUCACUUUUAUUCUAAAUAAAAAUAGAAUAUAUUUCCGAACACCUCUACGUUAAUGUGGAUGCUACCAUGAUUAUGGAUAAUCAUGAAUGAAUCGUGAAUAAUGAUGAGCGAGAAAGUUCGAGGCAUAAGUAUCAUACCCCCCCAAAAUGCUAACCUCCCCUGUUAUUGGUAAUUGUGAGAGGUUAGCAUGUUUUGGGGGCAUGAUCUUUGUGCAUCUAACUUUGGCUAUGUGGGGAAAGACUCUGGAGGAGUCGGGAGCUUAGGCUGUCAUUUCAGACGCAGGUGUAUUAAAAUUAAGCUUCACAUGUAACAUUUUAAUCUAAAACGUUUUCUGUUUCUUUAUGCCACUUUUCAUCCAUCUCAGAGGGAGGCCAUGGUAUUUAACCUUUCUCCUUUCUGUUUUGCAGAACAAGGUCCCUCCACUAAAGAGUUGAAGAAGGAGAAGGCAGAUGGACCCAUAACGCAGAAAUCCUCCACAGGGCCUUCCUCUGCCCAGCACCAGGUGCCUCCAUCCAAGCCCAAAACCUGA